AAAGAAAUCUUCAGGCAAGUGGAGUGGAAGCUUUAUUUUAUUUCUUGUUGUCAAAAUUGUAAUCUUCUGCUAGAGUUAUUGAAAAAUUCAAUUUAUUGGAAUUAAGUUUCCAGUCCGCUUCUGCUUAGGUUUUCAGGUUAACUUAUCAAUAUGGAUCCAGCUUUAUUACGGGAGCGUGAGCUCUUUAUGAAAAGAGCUUAUGUUACUCCAACUUGUUGGUGCAUUAUAUCUAAGUUUUUCAACGGUUGGUUUUUUUUCAUUUUCCAAAAUUGCAGUGUUGAGAAAAAGAGAAAAGACGUAGAGGGAUUAGGAAAAGAUGAGAAAAAGAAACCGAAACCGUCAGCAGCGCCAGCACCGUCUCCUGCUCCGCCAAGAGAUGUCAAUGCGUACAAGAGUAUGUCAGGGUCUGGUCAGUACAAAUUUGGAGUUCUAGCCAAAAUAGUUAAGCAUAUGAAGCAGAGGCAUCAGCUGGGUGAUGAUCAUCCUCUCACACUUGAUGAAAUUUUGGAUGAAACCAACCAGCUUGAUGUUGGAUCUAAAGUGAAAACAUGGCUGUUGACAGAAUCUUUAGUUCAAAAUCCCAAAUUAGAACAGACUCCAGAGGGUGGAUUCCUUUUCAAACCGCCUUACAAGAUCCGAGACAAAAAAGCAUUGCUUCGUCUUUUAAAGCAACAUGAUUUAAAGGGUCUGGGUGGAGUCCUUCUGGAUGAUGUACAAGAAUCCCUUCCUAAUUGUGAAAAAGCUUUGAAGAACCUACAAAAUGAAAUCAUAUACGUUUCAAGACCUUUAGACAAGAAGAAAAUAUUAUUCUAUAAUGAUCGCACUGCCCAGUUAGUUGUUGAUGAAGAAUUCCAAAAGCUAUGGCGCGGCAUUGCUGUAGAGAGUGUAGAUGAUGAUAAAAUUGAAGAAUAUCUUGAGAAGCAGGGUAUCCGCUCCAUGCAAGAUCAUGGGCCAAAGAAACCUGUCAUACCUAAGCGGAAAAAGGCCAACAAUAGGAAAAGAACUCACAAAAAACCAAGAGACAAUGAUCAUCUUGCUGAUGUAUUGGAGACCUAUGAAGAUAAAUAAAUUUAGUUGCAAUCUGCAAUAAUAUUGUCUAUUCUGUCAUCAUGCAGAGUUGGUUCAUCUAGAACUUAAAUGCUAGAGACCGAAACAGAGGCCGUUUAUAGAAUUUCUUGUGAUAAUUUACUUUUUACCCUUUGUAAACAACUAUUGAAAGAGCUGGAAAUUUGUAUUAUUUUCUCUUUAACUUGUACUUUGUGAUAAGACUAGAAUUAUUCUUAAUGACUGAUCAUAUGUUUGUGGAUAUAAAUAUAAAAUGGAUGAUAACUAUCUAA